AUGGAGACAGCAGGUGUUCGUUGGGACCAGUUCCCAAAGUUCCCCAAGGACGUUGCUACCACCAAGCUUUGGGAGGAGUGGCAGCAGUUUUAUGAGGACUUCGAGAUGGCAACGGACGUGGCCAAUGUUCGGGAUCCAUACCAGCGCUGCAAAGUGCUCCAGCUUUCUCUCGGCGGUCAGCUGAAAGCGAUUGUCAAGGCCGCGGGUUUGAUACCGUUCUCAAAUUCGGCCGACUGCUACGACACGUUAGUCAAGGGCAUUAACGAACACUUGUUUGACCUGACCGAUUCCGAAGCCGCACAUCAAAAUUUUACGAGCAUGAAACAAGCUCCCGGGGAGUCUGUCGCCGCUUAUCACGCCCGGGUGACUGUGUCGGUUAAGCUCUGCAAGUACAGCGAGGACGAUCGCGGAAGAUUCGUGAGGACGCAAAUGAUAAACGGAAUGGCCAAUAAGCAGCUCGCGAAAGAGGCCAGGACGCACAACUGGACAACCAACUACUUGGUUCAGGCCGCCUCCAGAGUUGAAGCGCUCCCACCGGCUAUUGACGAAAACGAGACCGUGAUGGCGGUUGCUCAGCAGCGCCCCUCCAAUUAUGGCUCGACCCCGCGUGAGCAACCCGGAGCGGAUGAGCGUUUCAGAGGAAAGUGGUCAACUAAGAGACAGCCCGCCAGGAAGCCGAAUUAUCACGCAGGACGCUAUCGCGAGCCGCAGCAGCGUGGAGAGCCACAGCAGCGUGGAGAGCCACAGCAGCGUGAGAGCCGCAGCAGCGUGGAGGGCCACGGCGGCGUGGGGAGCCACAGCAACGUGGCAGAGGGCGUCGUUUCCGUUGCCCAAGAUGCGACAAACUGGCCCAUCGGCCGACACUCCCUGUCCAGCGUUGUCCAGGAAGUAUGUGAUGGUGGAGUGCAAAAUCGGAGCUUCUGGACCAAUCCGUUUUUAAUUGAUUCUGGCGCGGAUGUCAAUGUGAUUGGAGGCAGGGAUUGGGAGCAAAUUAAAAGUGAUGAAAGCGACAUUAAGAUGAUCGACCAUCAGCAGGGUAGGAAGCUUCGAUCCUAUGCCACGGAGACCCCGCUAUCAAUCCACUGCGCAUUCCGUGCCAGGGUGGACGUGGUCCACGCGGCAAAACCGUCGGUCACUGCCGACUUCAUCGUCGUAAAAGAAGGACGGCAGUCGCUUCUUGGACGGACGACAGCGGGCGAAAUGAAACUGUUGCAGGUCGGUUUCGAGAUGCCGGGCGUAAAGGUCAAGUUCAGCGUGGACAAAACGAUACCCCCCGAGCGAAACGCAUAUUAUAAUGUGCCCGCAGCCUACCGAGAGGCUGCUCGUCUUCGUUUGCAAGAAAUGGAAGAUUUGGGGAUCAUCGAGCGCGUUGUGUCAGCACCGGAGUGGAUAAGCGGGAUGUCUGCGGUGCCAAAGGGCAAUAGCGAUUUCCGUCUCGUUGUAAACAUGAGGGGUCCGAACCGUGCCAUCAAGCGCGAAUACUUUCGCCUUCCACUCAUGGACGAAAUCAGGGUCAAGCUGCACGGGUCCAAGUUCUUCUCUAAGUUGGACCUUACCAACGCGUAUUAUCAUUUGGAACUGAGCAAGGAAUCCCGGGACUUAACAACUUUCCUCACAGAAAACGGAAUGUUUCGUUUUACGCGUCUCAUGUUUGGGGUAAACGCAGCGCCCGAAAUUUUUCAAAGAGAAAUGUGCCGCCUGCUGGAAGAGAUUCCGAAUGUGAUCAUCUAUAUCGACGAUGUCCUGAUAUACGCCGACUCGCUGGAAGAACUACGUGAGACCACGGCCAAGGUUAUGCGGAUCCUGCGUAAUAACAAUCUCACGCUGAACACGACGAAGUGCGAACUUGACAAGACGAGAAUAAAAUUCUUGGGGCACGAACUCGACGCUGAUGGAUUCCAUGUGGAUGAAGCCAAAAUCAAAGACGUUCGCCAAUUCCGUCCACCCAAAACGGUAUCCGAGUUACGAAGUUUUCUGGGUUUGGCUUCAUUCCUGAGCCCCCACUUGGAGAAUUACGCAGACUUAACGAGCCCACUCUGGGCAGUAGCGAACAAGAACACUUGGAAGUGGGAAGCCGAACAGGCCGCAGCGUUUGAGCUCACCAAGGAGCGGAUCGUGCAGUGUACUGUUACGCUGGGCUACUUUUCGGACGAAGAUAAGACAAUCCUGUACACUGACGCUUCUCCCAACGCACUCGGGGCAGUCUUGGUGCAAGAAAGUGCUGGGAAGCCCCCCCGCGUGAUCAGUUUCGCAUCGAAAGCAUUGUCCGAGACAGAAAAACGAUACGCUCAAAACCAACGUGAAGCACUUGGGGCGGUGUGGGCUGUCGAACACUUCGCCUAUUUUCUGCUCGGCCGGGAAUUUACGCUGCGAACAGAUGCGAAAGGUGUUUCGUUUAUCCUCAACCGGUCGCGAGAAAGCUCCAAGCGCGCUCUGACAAGAGCGGACGGAUGGGCUCUGCGCUUGAGCCCAUACAGGUGUUGGGUAGAGUUCGUGCGUGGUCGUGACAACAUUGCUGAUCCGUCAUCUCGGCUUUACAUUGGCUGUGACGCGCCCUUCGACGACCAGCAUAGUCCUUGGGAGAUCGGCAGGUUGGAGGCAAACACAGUUGGAUUCCUGACAGAGCGAGAACUACGGGAAGCUACUUCGAAGGACCGUGAACUUCAGAAGGUUAUUGACGCAGUCGAAUGUGGAGAUUGGCCAAAGGAACUGAAAAGGUUUCAUGCCUUGGCCGACGACCUGACGAUUCAAAAUGGAAUCCUGGUGAAAAGCGGAUGCGCUGUAGUCCCGACCGUACUUCGUAGGAAGACGCUUGAAUUGGCCCACGAUGGGCACCCCAUGGCAGUGAAGUCUACGAGUUUUGAAUGUACCAGGAAAGUGCUAGACGAUAUCUUUGAACGAGAAGGUUUUCCCAAAUCCAUUCGAUCCGACAACGGACCACCCUUCAACGGGGCUGAGUACGGGAAGUACUGUGCGGAGAGAGGAAUAGAGACCAUCUUUUCGACGCCUUUGUUCCCUCAACAAAACGGUCUGGUCGAAAACUCGAUGAAAAUCGUAAACAAAGCGACAAGUACAGCUAUUUCGGAGAAGACCAACUACAUCGAGGAACUACGAUCGGCGGUCAACGCCCACAACGCGGCUGCACACUCCGUGACCGGGGUACCACCGGAAGAGGUGAUGAUGGGCCGGAAAAUAAAACGUCGUCUACCCCUUCUGUCACAUGCGAAGGCGAAGCAUAGUGAAAGUGACAUUGAUACCCGAGAUAAACGAGCAAAACUAGCAUCGAAGGUCAAGGAGGAUGCACGCAGAGGAGCACGGCCAUGUCGAAUUGGCCCCGGAGAUACCGUGAUUGUGGAGCGCAACGUCCGCCAAAAAGGCGACACCCGGUUCGAUCCAACGCGGUACACGGUUCUUGAAGAAAGGGAUGGGAACCUGAUGUUGACCAAUGACUCGGGAAACAUUCUUAAGCGUCAUGUAUCCCAAACCAAAAAGGUGUUCGGGUGGCGUACUUCGGCGGAAUGUGAAGCACAACUCAACUUGCGACCAGACCGCGCAAGGAAUUCAUCUGGUGGAAACCGAAACUCGACGGAUGAGGAACGCGAUCCAGAACUAGAACCGGUACGUCGUUCAACUCGUGAGAAGAAAAAGCCUAGUUACUUGGAUCAGUUUGUGCGACGUGUUGAUCGUGUAUAG